AUGCCCAAGGAGUGGAGUAAUGGUCUGUGUAGCUGCUUGAAUGAUAUCCCAUUGUGCUUGACAGGCUACUGUGCUCCUUGCUACGUUUUUGGCAAGACGGCCGAGGCGGUUGGCGAUGAUUGUUUGUUGUGCGGUGUAGUGACCUUCAUCCCACUUGCGAAUCUUUGGUUCAUGACUCAAAUUCGAGGCAAGAUUCGUGAACAGAAAGAAAUUGAUGGCUCGUUCGUCAACGACCUCUUGAUGACUUGUUGCUGUGGUUUAUGUGCCCUUAUUCAAGAAGCUCAAGAAGUUGGAGUGAAGGCCCCUUUCGGAAACUCGAUGGCUCGGUCUUAA